GCCAGUGUGGGGCCUCACCAUGAGCAACGCAGAGCUCAUCAAGUCCACGAACCUCAUCAUUCUGCUGGAGGAUGAGAUUUUCGCAGAUUUUUUCAACACCUUCCUCUCCCUGCCGGUCUUUGGACAGACACCAUUUUAUACUGUGGAAAACUCACAGUGGAGCCUCUGGCCAAAUAUACCUUAUGACUUGAUCGUCAAGUACAAAGGAUUAUUGACCUGGUUGGAGAAAUACCGGUUACCUUUCUUCUGCAAAACAAAUUUGUGCUUCCACUACAUUCUCUGCCAGGAGCUCAUCGGUUUUGUGAAAUCCCCAGAAGGAGCCAAGAUGAUGCGGUGGAAGACGGCUGACCAGUGGCUGCUCCAGAAAUGCACCGCUGGGGUCCGUGGGAUGUGGCGCUUUUGCUCCUAUCUCAAGGGCAGUGCAGGGGAGGAGCUGGUGGACUUCUGGAUCCUUGCCGAGAAGAUCCUGAGCCUGGAUGAGACGGACCCGGAGGUAGAAGACCACUACCUAUCCCUGCUGCUGGCGCUCAAGGCCACCCACCUGCAGGAGGGCUCGCGGGUGGCCACACUCUGCAACGUGAACAUCAAGUCCCUGCUGAACCUCUCCAUCUGGCGCCCCACGCAGUCCGUCAGCCGGAGGGAGACCCUCGGGCACAUGCAGAAGGUUGCCCUGUUCAAGCUGCAGAGCUACUGGCUGCCCAACUUCUACAUACACGCCAAGGCCCAGCUGGCCCAGCAGGAGGCAUGCCGUGGCCUGAUGCAGGAGUAUGAGACCCGCCUGUGCAGCCUCUGCUGCGCCCACGCUGGCAGCCUGCCCCUCAACAUGAGCAUCCAGAAGGGCCUGUACGCCCAGAGGCGCUACUCGAGCCACCACGCCAAGAGGAAGCUGUGGCAGCUGCUGGACUCUGGUUGCUGGUCCCUGGAGAUGGACCUGCAGCCAGAUGCCAGGCCCAUACCUCCUCGGGAAAGGCCAGUCCCUCGGGCUCCAUCCUCCAAGGACAGAGCCACGGACAAGGAGCUUGCCUACGGCUGGAAGGCCAGUGUGAGGUGCAGGGCCACGGGCCGCCUCCACAUGGCUGGCCUUCUUGAAACACUCUGCUCCAGCCACCUGAGGACCGACACCCCCAUCAUCAGCCACUCCUCUCAGACGCUGACCAUUCGGGGUGCCCCUGGGCACAGCCGGUCCUGCGGCUGCACCCACUGGGCCCUGUGUGCCGAUGCCUGUGCCGGAGGCCCCUUCCGGGACUUCCUAAAGAAGCUGAACCUGAAGGUAGAGGCCCAGCUCCUGGACCUGUGGCAGGACCUGCACAGCUUCCUGGGUGUCCUCACAAGCAGCCGCAAGACCGGGAAGGCAGUCUUCCGGCACGUGCUGUGCAACAGGAUCUGCCAGCUUUACCUGAGCGAGCACAGCCACCCACACCUGCCGCUCAAGCCUCAGACGCUGCAGGGCCUGAGGGAGCUGCUGCCAGCAGGGGACGUGAACCCCUGGAUUCCCAGGGCCCAGAUGGAGAUCUGCCAGGCCCUCAGCCCCUGGUACGAAGAGUUCCUGAAUGAAGAGGAUUACUGGUUCCUCAAUUUUACGACUCAGAGCAGGCUCGUGAAAAGUAAGUGGCGGAAGACAGAGUCAGCAGAUGGCGAGGAGAGCAGCUUCCUGUGCAGGAGGCUCCAGGAGGCCCUGCUGCUGAGCCAGGCACUGGCUCACCUGGAGGAGAGGGAGGCAGCCGAGUGGCAGAGGCUGGCCACAGAGGACCUGCGGCAGGGAGGGUCCCUGCAGGUCGAGGUCAGCUCUCCAGUAUUCCUGGCAGACUUCAGCAAAAUGACCUUCCAGGAGCUCUGCUCCAAGAACCCCAAGGUGGCCAUUGAGAAGAUCAGUGCCGACUACAGAGCGUACUGCGAGAAGGCGCCCCCUAAAGAUUUCACCAUGGCAAUUGUCAGGGAGCCCAAGAAAGCACCUGCCCCCAGGAAGCUGUCCUUCUACAGGAAGGCGGGCCUCAGGAAACCAUCCGUCAGACCCCGGAACCUGACCGAGAUCCUGCUGAACCCGCAGCAUCUGGACUUCUUCCGCGAGUUCCUGAGGGAGCGCAGGGCCGAGAGCCCGCUGCAGUUCCUUGUGGCCGUGCAUAAGCUCAGCACCGAGACCAGCGAGAAGCUCUACAAGUCAUCGCUGGAGAACAUCAUCAAGACAUUCUUCCACGGCAAGCUGCCGCCCGAGGAAAUGCUGCAGUGCAACGUCCCCAUCCUGCGAGAGAUCGCCAACAUGAGGCGCGUCAGCACCACAACCCUGCUGAUGCUCCAGGGCCACGUCACCAAGUCGCUGGAGGAGAAGUGGCUGAAGGAGUACCAGGACCUGUUCCCAGGCCGGCCUCAGGAGACCGACGUCGACAUGCCCUCAGCGCCCUGCAAGCCAUCCAAAGUCACCACCGCGGCCACUGUGACCUCAUCGUACUUCCAGGACUCCCAGAAGAGAGGCUGGAUGAAGAUGGUCAGCUUCAUCAAGAGCUUCUGCAAGUACCGCAGGUUCAUGGCUGAUGCCAGCAGGCGCCAGGCGUUCGAGGACUACCUGCACCUGGAGAUGUACAACCACAAAGAAAACUUCACCUCGCCCAACGUCGCGGGGCGUCCGACCUUCUUGUCCCCCAGCACACGGAGUGCAGACCAGGAGAAUGGGGAGCCCGGUCUUGCCAAGCGCCGCAUAUUUGGCCAUAGGAUCAUCACCAUCAACUUUGCCAUCAACGACCUGUACUUCUUCUCUGAGAUGGAGAAGUUUAACGAGCUGGUGAACUCGGCCCACAAGCUGUGUGGCAGCCGGACCCCAAGCGAGAACGAUGUGGUGCUCCUGAGGAACAAGGCCAGCGUGGUCAUCAAGCUCUUCCUCAACUCCGACAUCCCGCCCAAGCUCAGGGUGAACAUCUCUGAGGCUCAGAAGGACGCUGUCCUCACCGCCUUCAACGAGGGGCAUCUGGACCGCAGCAUCUUCCACGGGGCCAUCAUGUCCGUCUUCCCUGUUCUCAUGUACUUCUGGAAAAGGUUCUGUUCCUGGAAGGCUGUCCGCUCGUACCUGGAGUACAGGGGCCACAGGCUCAAGGACAGGAACCCGCCUAAGCCCAGCUACAAGUACCCACCGUGGAGUGGAGGAGACCAUGCCGUUCUGAGGUUCUCCUUGCUGCGUGGCGUCGAGUGGCUGCGGCCCCAGCAGCGGGAGGUGACAUCCAGCCCAGCCCAGAACUCAUCCUCCAGCAACCUCACCCAGAUGCGACUGGUGUUGUCCUCAGUGCAGCUCUGCUCCGUCCCGGGACAAAAACUGCCCCACUCCAGAAAGGAAAAGAAGUGAGGGGGCAGGACCAGCAGGAUACCAACAGCCCAGCA